CUUUGAGCCAGCUGACGUCAGAAACCUCCAGCAGCUGUGGAGGCGAGCUGAGGAAGAGGAGGAAGAGGAGGAGAGGGGAAUGAGAGCGCUGGAUGUGGAGGUUUCUGCGGGACUCUUCGGACCUCUGCCGUGGUUGGUUCUGUCUAAGAUGCGGCACUAAUGAGCAGCUCUCAGCGUUUCAAUGAGUGAAGCUCAAGCUGGAGUCUUGAACAUCAGCGGUCCACAGUAACAGUGGAGGAUUGGCAGACAGUCAGGAGGGACUUCAGCAACUCACAUUUUCCACUAUGAAUCGUGCUUUCAACAGGAAGAAAGACAAGUCGUGGAUGCACACCCCAGAAGCUCUGGCCAAGCACUACAUAGCCUACAAUGCCAAGUUCCUUGGAAACACGGAGGUUGAAGCCCCGAAAGGCACAGAAGUUGUGAAGGAUGCAGUGAGGAAGCUGAAGUUUCAGAGACACAUCAAGAAGUCAGAAGGCCAGAAGAUCCCCAAAGUGGAGCUUCAGAUCUCCAUCUACGGAGUGAAGAUCCUGGAUCCGAAAACGAAAGAUGUGCAGCAUAACUGUCAGUUACACAGGAUAUCGUUCUGUGCAGACGACAAGACGGAUAAAAGGAUAUUUACUUUUAUCUGCAAAGACUCAGAGUCCAACAAACACCUCUGCUACGUGUUCGACAGUGAAAAAUGUGCAGAGGAGAUCACUCUAACCAUCGGGCAGGCCUUCGACCUGGCUUACAAGAAGUUUCUGGAGUCUGGAGGGAAAGACGUGGAGACGAGAAAACAGAUCGGCGGGCUGCAGAAAAGAAUUCAGGAACUGGUAACAGAAAACGCUGAGCUGAAGAAACAGCUUCAAGAGCUGGAGGAGCAGCUGAUGAUAGCUCAUGUGCCAACACCGCUUCCCAUAGACGCAGCAAACGAAACGUACAUGCUGCAGAGGCCCUCCUCUCUCUUCUGGUUUCACAGCAUCAAGUCUCUGUCGUGUCUGGAAAUCUCCUCCGUCACGCUCACUCCCAUGAGCUCUCCAGAUUCCAACAUGUCUACUGGGCUACUAACUCCUCCGCCUGCCAAACCCGCUGUCCCUCCUCCCAAAGCGACCGAGGGAUUCAGCAUCCCGCGGCCUCGUGCGGGGAGCAUCUCCAUGAAACCACAGUCCACAGACAUAUUUGACAUGGUUCCCUUCUCCCCCGUGACACCGUUGGUACCGACCAAAGCCAGCAACGGCUGCCCUCCUCCUCCUCCGACCACCCUGCCCCCAGAUAUUAGGAAAGAUUUGUUUGGUGCCGAGCCAUUUGAUCCGUUCACCUGCGGGGCGGCAGACUUCCCCCCGGACAUUCAGUCAAAGUUGGAUGAGAUGCAGCGUCAGAGAUGGAGGGGUUCAAAAUGGGACUGACCUUAGAGGGCACCGUCUUCUCUCUGGACCCGCUGGACAGCCGCUGCUGAUGCUGAGCAGGCUUCCCUUCGAGGCAGACUUUUAACUCGUUUGUAUGAAAAAGUGCCAAAAUCCACUCCAUGGUCGAGAUGUCAUCUUGGGGUUUAUAUGCAUUUGCAUUUAGAUUGGUUUUCGAUAUUUCAACAUAAACUUGGAUCCAUUAUAGUAAAGAGCUAUUUUUGUAAGAACUGAGAAGAGAAACACUUCUAGAAUGAGAUGUUUUGAGUACCUUUGCUUGCACAGGCAAGAUGUAAAUAGUCAGAUAUGUCCAAUGGUACAGUCUGUGGCAGAGUUUUCAUAUCUGUGUGAAUUCUGUGUUUGUGACAUUCCUGUUUAUAUGGUGAACAAACGCUGACAAGCAAAAUCAUUGUACGAUUAACACCAGUGCUCAGCUUCACGGUAACAUCAACUAAUUGGUUUACCACACAUUAUUCCUUUUAUAGAGAUUAUUAUCCCAGCCAUAUCUUUUUAACCCACUGACUGCUCCACAUGUUUGUUUUUAUUUGCAAUUUCCUCUUCUGAUUUUUCCCUGAAAUCUGCAAUCAUCAUAGUUUCCUUCUCCGAUGUUUUUGCCAUCCAUGCAGAAAUAUUCCCAUUAUUUCCUUUUGGUUAUUUUGCAGUUAUUAAAGAAACUCCUACUGGAAAAAA